GCGACCCGAACGCUUAUAUAAAUGCCCAACCCCUCCACCUUUUCGACCACAUUUACCAUACCAUACCACUACCACUACCACCUGGAACCCACAAUCAACAAUCAUCAUCAUCAUCAUCAUGUCCACAUCCACCCCCCCUCCAACCUCCCAAACUACACCCGCCACAUCACCACCCACAACUCCUCCGGCCUCGCAACUAUCCACUCCUCCAGCCCCGCCCAAUGGACACAAUUCGAGCAGGGCACCUUCGGCUUCAGCGUCGCCUACACCACCAACGCCUUCCCCGCGGACCUCAACAACAACACCGACAUCAACGCCCACGAGUCCCUGAUGACCGGCAACACCCUCGGGCUCGUCAACCCCAACGGCACGGUCUGUCGUGUCGUCGACUUCGCUCCGGACAGGGAGCCCCUCAUGCACCGCACGCGCAGCCUGGACUACGGCAUCGUGCUGGAGGGCGAGAUCAUCAUGGAGCUGGACUCGGGCGAGAAGACGCUGCUCAAGAAGGGGGAUAUCGCGGUGCAGAGGGCCACGAUGCACGCGUGGCGCAAUCCGAGUGUUCUCUUCACUCCAGAGAUAAGACUUUCCCUUGGUGUCUCCCCGUUGUGCAUGAUCGCCAGAGAUAUGGGUUGCGACCCUGUUUUUGCUCUGUAG